AUUUCAUAUUACAAUUAAAUUUAUUUAUUUAAAUUUAAUUUUUUAUGCAUGAAUAAUAUUAGAAAAACAAUUAAAGUCGUAGAUUUUAUACAACUUGUAUUUUAUACAUGCUUUCAUUUUGUCGAUGUGAAACAUUUCGCAUUUCUAAUGUCGUUUAAAAUCAGCUAUUGUAUAGCUAUAGAAAAUUUACACAUAAAUUGAAAUUUGUAGAAAUCUAUGAUUUGAUUAGACUUACUAUUCUAUCGUCCGUCACGUGCGUUAAUGUACUGCACGUGCACUGUUGCUAAAAGGAAGAAAAGACUCGGAAAGAAAAUCAAUAAGUUGAAAUACGCAAAGUUACUAAAUGAAACGGAACAACGCAAAAGUAUAAUUUUUCUCUUCUUCUGUAUUUACUCAUUAUUUUCUGUACUUUGAGUCUCAUCGAUUACUAUUCGAACUUUAUGUACUUUCUGCUUGUAUAUUAACUGUAAUAUUUUUUUUUAUUACGUUGUAGGAAGCGACGAGUAGAGAGAUGAAUGGUGAAGAUCCCUCGAACAAAAUAUUCUUUUUUUCCUUUUCUCUUUUUUUUCUGUUUUCUAGCAUCUAAAACCGUUAGAGUAUAUAAUCAUGAUCAUAAUAUAGGUGCUUUCGAUUUCCUUGAACACGCGAUUUCCACGCAGGCUAAAAAAUUUUCUUAUGAUUAUUACUCUGAAUUUAACAUUCGAUGUGCGUAUAGUACACCUACAUUUGCUUGAAUUUUUAAAGCAAAUUGCUCAUUUCUUGACCGACCAGUAGGGCCAUCGAGAGGUAGUCUUUUAAUUUUUUUUUCUACGAGCGUUACAGUAGAAAAGCCACAGCAAUUGCAUAUGAAAUUUAAACCUACAUGCAGAUAUUUAAUAAUUGUGAGGAGAUUAGAAUAUGUUCUUUGUUUUGCCUUCUCUCAAAGAUUUUUAUUUUGUGCAGUGACGAUCAGUACUAUACAUCGUACGAAUGAUCAGUUUUAUUCAGUGAUACUCUUUAGUCAUUCGUACAUUUUUUUAACGGAGAUAAACAGAAAUAAAAAGGUGAAAACAAAAAGAACAUGAAACAAACACCUACAAGUACCAUCAAUCGAGCCAUAGAAAUUCCGCUUCGAAUUUUUGGUAUCUGGCCAGGAUCAUCAUACAUUCUAUUUUGUAGACUUUUUUGGACGAUUACAAUAGCGGCUAUUCAAUCUUUCCAAUAUCGAUAUGUUAUUAAGCGCUUAUAUACUGUCGAUCUGUCCGAUCUGAUGGAAUGCCUAAGUGUUACCUUAACGUAUAGUCAAUUUUUUUUUAAAAUCAUCAAUUUUUGGCUUAAUCAGCGAACAUUGGACAAGAUAUUGGCGAUGAUGGCGAUGGAUUGGAAGAAAAGCAGCAAUACCGAUUUUAGUAAACGUGCGACGAUCGGCAAAGCCAUUCUAUCGCAUAAUAUUUCUAAUUUAUGUUUUGGUAGUGUUGUAAUAGCCGUAAUAUUUUAUACUGUUAGCGUUUUCACUUACAACUCGUUUAAUCUAGACGAAACUGAUAUAUCCAUGCGACCGCUAAUUCUAAAGAUGGAUUUUCCAUUCAGCGGUGAUACACGAUUUGUUUAUGAAAUUAUAUUGCUUUCACAAGGUUUUUGUACAGUACUCACUGCUUGUGGCAAUGUCAUGCUGAAUACUCUCCUUAUUGUCUUGGUACUACAUUUAGGUGGCCAAAUCGAAAUUCUCAGUAAAUGGAUAACAGAAGUUAUUUCAGACGAAAACGAAUAUAAACUAAACCUAACAAUAGUAGGGACAAUAAUUGAAAAACAUCAGAAUAUUAUUACUUUUUCAAAAAGUAUCGAAAAUAUAUUUUCCGACAUUACGUUGGUUCUAUUUGUAGCAGACACUUUGACUAUCUGUAGUAUCGGUUUUGUACUGGUUACGUCCAUUGGAAGACCUGAUGCUGUUUCGAUUGUAAUGAAGAUUCUUGGAUUUUACUUUAUAAUAAAUUUUGAAGUAUUUAUGUUCUGUUUUGCUGGAGAGUACUUAAGCUCUAAGAGUAAAGUAAUCGGUGACGCUGCAUACAGUUCUCGUUGGUAUCAAUGCAAAUUUCAAGACAGCCGGGUUAUCUUGUUUCUGAUAAUGAGAUCGCAAAAUCAAAUGUCGAUUACAGUUGGGAAAUUUAUGGAUCUUUCCUUCGAACGAUUUGUCAGCAUUUUGAAAGCUUCAGCAUCCUACGUAUCGUUUAUGCUAGCAUUAUAUUGAAGACAAUGUAAGUGUUUAAUACAAUAACCGUAAUAGAAUAGUAACUCAUAUGUUAAGUAUAAACAUUGAAUAAAAGUAUUUUACUGUAAUCGUAUUACUGUAAUCGCAUAUUUUGU